AUGAGCGAGUACUCAAACUCGCAAGACGUUCUGUUUGGCGUUCGAGCAGAGAGUCGAGUCGUGCCGUUUCGAGUGCUUGUGGACAAGAAUGACCAGAUCAGCAGCUUUCUGGACCAGGUGGCGUCAAAGUGGAAAAUGGCCCAGAACUUUCCACCUGACAUGCCUGUUCCUGCUGUCCCCAACGUGCUGGCAUUUGUCGACGACAAGAUGUCGGCAUCGGGAAACGGACUGGUAUUGGAGGAAAACGAAGAGAUCAGCAUGGUGAUAUCUCUUGAUUCGAAAGAAAUCACCAUUCAAGUACUCUUCAACCCUGCAUGUGCUGACCUAGUCGCUGUGCAGAGAUUCCUCAAACAGUUGGAAACAGUGUUUCACCAACUUUGCAAGCCAUCAGCGGGACAAUUGAUCAAAGAGGUGAAAAGCAUCACUGCAGAUGAUAUCAGGGAUAUGACAACCUGGAAUAGCGCUUCUAUGACGCCUUACACUCCUGAGUGCAUACAUGACGUUGUCAAACAGCACGUGCUUGCCUCACCCAACUCAUGUGCAGUUCACGGAUGGGACGGAGACCUUUCCUACGUUCAACUCGACGAGGAAUCAUCUCGUUUGGCCAAUUAUCUCUAUCGGAAGGGAGUGCGCCCCCAUGACCUGGUUCCUUUGGCAUUCUAUAAGUCCAUCUGGUUCACCAUCUGCGCUCUCGCCCUAUCGAAGCUAGGGGCGGCUAUUGUACCUCUUGAUCCGCAAUGGCCGAAGGAUCGUCAGAUGUACAUCAUCAACGAUAUUGAAAGCAGUCGGAUUAUUACAAACAUUCCAAACUCUGCGUCUGCCUAUGCAGGUUUGGAGAUCAUUGAUAUCAGCCAGCUAUCCCUAGCCAACGAACCCGCCACCGCCAGAUACCCCGUCACUCCUGAGCACGCUAUCUACGCAUACUACACAUCUGGCACCACCGGUCAGCCCAAGGGUUGCGUUAUAGAGCAUGGGGCAUUUGUCUCCUCUUCGUCAAAGCGAAUAAAGUUCAUGGGCCGCAACAAAGACUCUCGCCUCUUGCAAGUGACAACAUAUACCUUUGAUGUUGCCAUGGAUGAUAUUUUCUUCACGCUAAUGGCCGGUGGUUGUCUCUGCGUUCCUACUAGGGAGGAGUGUCUCAAUGACAUCGUUGGGGCCGUUGAAAAGUACAACUGCAAUACGCUUCACGUUGCGCCUAGCCUGGCACGGGAUUUGCAGCCAAGCCAACUACCCUCGUUACGGACUUUGAUCCUGGGUGGAGAGGCAAUGAGUGCAAAUAUUCUCCGCACCUGGGCAGGGCGUGUUGGACUCUACAACUCGUAUGGUCCUACAGAGUGUUGCAUUGCGUGCUGCGUAAACCUCAUUCAAAGCGCUGAUGAAAACCCACGCAACAUUGGCCGACCAAUAGACUGUUCAUAUUGGCUGGUUCGACCUGGCGAUAUCGACACCCUGGCCGCUAUUGGGACUGUCGGCGAGAUCCUGAUUCACGGGCCUAACCUCGGUCGGGGUUACCUCAACAAACCCGAGUUGACUGCCAAGGCCUUUCCUCAGAAUAUUAGCUGGGCUUCUGAGGUCGGUCUGCCUGCUGAAGCACGAUUCUAUCGUACGGGUGAUCUUGCUCGGUUCAACGCUGAUGGCUCUGUCUGUCUUUUGGGGCGAAUCGAUGACCAAGUCAAGAUACACGGCCAGAGAAUUGAGUUAGGCGAGAUUGAUUAUCGGCUCAGUCAAUGUCUUCCAGCUGGGAUAGAAGCUAUUUCUGGCGUGGUCAACUUCCGAGACCGCGAGGUUGCUACGUUGGUAGCAUUUAUACAGACCGUCAACUCUGACUCAAACUCUGCCAAGUCUUCUGGCUCCUUGGCGCUCGCUGAUACCGAUAAUUGGAAUCAGUUCCAUAGGUUGAGAUCUCAUGUGAUGGAGCAACUGUCACAUAAUCUGCCCUCUUACAUGGUACCCUCAGUCUUUCUGCCUGUUCAGAACUUUCUCUAUUUCAAUCAAGGAAAGCUCAAUCGACGAGGAAUGUUUCAACAAGCUUCGCGAUUCCGUCUUGAUGAUAUACUCACCAUAAAUACCAGUGCAGGUCACAAGGCUGAUGAUACAUCCUCAUGGUCCGCUGAGGCUCUCGUUCUCCGCCAGCUUUGGGCAAUUGCUCUCGGGCUUGAAGAGAAGAAUAUCCAUCUCGACAGCAGAUUUGCCGACUUGGGAGGAGAUUCUCUUGCGGCCAUCAGGUUAGGCAUCUUGUGUCGCCCAUAUGAUAUCGAACUCUCUGUUGAUGACAUUCUUCAACAAUCAACGAUCCUUCUGCAGGCCGAGAUGAGCGAGAAGAAGAAGAAGCAGAAUAUCGAAAAGCAUGAAGUAGCCCAAGAAGCCAUUCUUCCAGCAGGUCAACGCUUUGGCCUACUUGGCCAAGAUGUUGAUGUAGGUAUGCUAUGCGAGCAGACGAGUGCGCAGUGCCAUAUUGACAGUGGUGCUAUCGACGACAUCUACCCGGCCAGCCCAUUGCAGGAGUCAUUGAUGGCACUUUCAAUGGAUGACAGUCCAUAUAUCAGCCAGUUUGUCUUCCGCCUUCCGGAUAACCUUGACAUGUACAGGUUUCGUAAGGCAUGGAAAAGCACCUUCAGUGAUAUUCCAAUCCUUCGAACCAGGAUCAUCUACCUGCAAGACUUCGGAAUCACCUGGGACCUCCUUCUUGGUCUGGACAUGCCAUCAUGCUUGUCAUGA